CGCCAGAGCCGGGGAGGCAUUGGCGGGGCUGACGCGCCUCCGGGAACGCUGCGGAUUACCCAGAAGGCAGCAGGCUGCUCCGAGGUCAACAUGGCGGCGAGGGCGUCGGUCGCAGGAGGUGGUCGCCUCAUGGACAAAUUUCGCAAGUGGUAUUACAAUGCAGCUGGAUUCAACAAACUAGGAUUAAUGAGAGAUGACACAUGGUAUGAAGAUGAUGAUGUCAAAGAAGCAGUGAGGAGACUCCCAGAACAUCUUUACAAUGAAAGAAUGUUUCGUAUAAAGCGAGCACUUGAUCUAAGCCUGAAACAUCAGAUCCUUCCAAAAGACCAGUGGGUGAAGUAUGAAGAGGAUCAUCAUUAUCUUGAACCAUACCUAAAAGAAGUAAUCCGUGAACGACUUGAAAGAGAAGAAUGGAACAAGAAGUAACUGUUGAACUACUUCAUGUGAAUAUCCACAUAUUUCUGAUAUUUUUAAACAUUUGGAUAUAGAAGUCUACAGGGAGGCAAAUAUGAGGCUGAGGAGUACUGUUUCAGCUUGUUCAUUGAAUCUAUUCAUCCAAGUAAAAUAAACAUGUCAAAGUAUAAAACCUACUUGGAAGAGUUCUUUGCAAAUGUUAACAGGCUAAUGUUCGGAUCUUUCCUAUGAGCAUAUACAUUACAUACUAGCUUAGUGGUAUGCAGUCUUCAUUCCAGCUUUUUGAUUCUUGCUCUUUUCAUAGUACAGCUGUUCUCUGCAGUUGUAGGGGUAGGUAAGAAACACACAAAGCUGUUGGUGCUAGUUGCCCAGCUAAAUUAAAAAGGAGUUGCUUAUUUCCAUCAUCACUUCUCCCUGAAGACAAUACUGGCCCAGUGCUGGAUGUUAUAGUGCAUUAUGAGACAACAGAAUGCAAUAUUCUGUAAUAUGCAUGUGUUUAGAUGCACAGUAAUGGAAAAUACAGGUGAUUCCUUAAUCACAAAAUCAGGAAGUGUUUCAUUAGCUUUUUGUACCAGAUACUUUGUUAAUCCUUAAAAGGCUGUUUUCACAUAAAUCAUAAUGAUCAUCUCA